AGUAGCUAACGUUGAACUUGAAUGUUCGGAAAUGUUUGAUGGUUUCAUCAGAUUUGAAUAUAAACUCCAAAGUUGAAGGUAUAUAUUAUAAAAGAGAAACUAUUGAUUCAGUGAAACUAGAAGUAUCGAACUUUUAACGUAACGUAAAAGUUAUUUGCUGUUAGAGAAGUAAGUAAAAUGGGUGAUGCAUUAAUUCAAGAAACUGCGAAACUAACAGUAGCAGGUCAGAUUUACACAUCAGAGAAAAUAGGUAGCGAUGAACAUGGUAAUGGUUCUGAACAAAAGCCAUUUAAAACAAUUCUUAAAGCCAUGCACCACGCUGGAAAAGAACCAUUUCCAUCUAUUUAUGUUGAUUCAAAAAGUGAUGAACAGCGAUGGGAACUAGCUUCCCAGUCUCAGAUUAAGAAAAUUAAAAAGAUUUGGGUUCGAGAGCAACAUAAGAAUGCUGAAAAAGAAAGGAAAGAAGCAGAAGAUGCUGAAAAGAGGGAAAAAAACUUGGAAGAAGCCAAGAAAAUUAUAAUUAAACCAGAUCCUUCUCUCCCAGAACCAUCCCAAAUAAAAAUUCGAGAUGCAAAAUCGUAUCGUGAUAAGAGGGUUAAGGUUUAUGGAUGGGCUCACCAUUUGAGACGUCAAGGUAAGGUACUGAUGUUUAUUGUCCUCAGAGAUGGAACUGGCUUUCUUCAGUGUGUGCUGACUGAUUCAUUGUGUCAGACAUAUAAUGCACUAAUCCUUGCAACAGAAGCGACGGUGUGUAUAUAUGGAGUUCUCAAAGAAGUUCCUGAUGGGAAAAUAGCACCUGGUGGUCAUGAACUACAAUGUGAUUACUGGGAAUUGAUUGGAGAAUCUCCAUCUGGUGGUUUGGAGAAUGUAAUAAACGAGGAAUCCCAUGUUGAUGUUCAGUUGGAUCAAAGACAUUUGAUGCUACGAGGGGAAACACUGUCCAACAUCAUGAGAGUACGCUCAAUGGUAAUGCACUGUUUCAGAGAACACUAUUUUAGCCGAGGAUAUGUGGAGGUAACGCCACCUACCUUAGUUCAGGCUCAAGUUGAAGGAGGUGCUACAUUAUUUAAACUAGAUUACUUUGGACAAGAAGCUUAUCUGACACAGUCGUCGCAGCUUUACCUGGAAACUGUCAUUCCAUCAUUAGGUGAUGUGUUUUGUAUCGCACAGUCUUACAGGGCAGAGGUAUCUCGUACACGUCGACACGUAGCUGAGUAAGUCAUUUUAAAAAUGUAUUUUUUUCCUCAGACUAACGUGUAACAACAGUGG